CGCCACGAUGUUGCGCCCCGCGACGCCGCUGACGAUCCUGCUGUUCGCGGCCUUCGUGCUGCUCCUCAUCUCUGUCAUCUCGGUGCCGCUUGUGAGGCCGAUUGUGUUGGGCGAGUUUGAUGGCAUUAGUUAUGGUGUUUUUGGGUACUGCAAGGCGGAUGGUGUGUGUAGCAAGAUGGAGGUCGGAUAUAAUCCUUCCGUCCUCCCCAACGCCAAAGGCAACUUCAACCUCGACCCCGCCACCCGCUCCACGCUCUCUUCAAUCCUAAUCGUCCACCCCAUCGCCGCCUUCUUCACCCUAAUCAUGUUCAUCCUCGCCGUGGUCUCUCACUUCCACGCCCCCUCCCACUCGCCCCGCUACCUCCUCGGCGUCUUCAUCCUCUCCAUCCUGACCCUCAUCCUCGCCCUGCUCUCCUUCCUCAUCGACGUCCUCCUCUUCGUGCCGCACAUGGCGUGGGGAUCGUACAUCGUGCUCGCUGCUACGAUACUCAUCGCCGCUUCGGGGAUUGUGAGUUGUGCUAUGCGACGGACUCUCGUGUCGAGGAAGGCGAGGAAGAGACGUAUUGAGGAGAAUGCAGAGAUGAAUGGGGAGAACUUUUAUAAUCGCCAAGCUGCGACUGGGCCACUUCCUGCUCCCAUCACGGCGCCGACGAUCGCUUCCUCCUCUGUCACGGGCGGGAACGGGGAUAAACUCCCCGCUUUCGCAACUUUUGAGUCUGCGCAGGCAGAUGCAGACGCUCGCGCCGCAGCUCAAGCAGACGAUGAUCGCGUCCCCCUGACUUCGCGCACACCCACCCGCUCCCCAGAGACAAUGUCAGCUUCCCUCUCCGGCCGCCCUGAAGACCGCUACGGCCCGCCCCCUCCCAUGCCCGGAAACCGCGGCUACGGAGGACCACCGCAACGGGAUCAGUAUGGUAACAUCAUCCCACCGCAGGGGGGGAUGCGUAAUCCAGACCCGAGGAACCAAUUCGGACCCGGUGGCUAUCGCGGACGCGGUGGACCCCAAGGUUCAUUCCGUGGUCGCGGCGGCGGUCCUGGUUACGGCCGGGGCGGAUAUGGUGGUCCCGGUGGUCCUGGCAAUGGCUACGGUGGUCCCGGUGGCCCAGGUGGCGGUCCUGGCUACGGCCCCGGUCCCGGUCCAGGCGGCAUGCGCGGCGGUCGCGGCCCUCCCCCCAACUACCCCGGCGGCUACAACAACAACCGCGGCGGCGGCUACGGCGGCCCCCAGCGCUCCGUCUCCCCCCCCAACAACGGUUACGGCUUCGACCAAUCGCAACAAUCCCUGAAUUCCUCAGGCUACGGUGGUGGUGGUGGUGGACCAGGAAAUGGGCGCCCAGAGAGUCUGGCGCGCGCGGAGAGCCCACCGCCUAUGGAUGAUGGGAUGGGGCCGGUUGGACAGGCUAUCGAGAUGGAUGCUACGACUGGUAGCAGGAGUCCGGGACUGCAUCCGCCGGGGGGCUAUGGAGGGGGUUUGAGGGAUAGUGAUGCGGAUGUUGCGGGCAUGGUUGGGUUGCAGCAGCAGAGGGGGGUUGUUAGUGAUGGGAGCAAGUAUAGUGUUGAUGAAUACAUCCCCCCCCGCCAAAACUGGCCCUCAGGCGGCCCCCGCGCCUCCUCCCCCCUAACCACCGGACCCACAGGUCUCCACCCCGUCCCUCGCGCCCACCUCUCCCAACAAUCAGAGGGAAGCUACUACGAGGACGUUGAUCCGCGGUUCUCCCCUCCCUCACCUCACACCGUCGGUCUUGCCAGUGGCGGCGGUGGCGGCGGCGGUGCAGGACAAAUGGUUCCAGCGCCCCUAAUGCCAGGGGGUGGGAGGAUGGGACCGAGCCCCGUAGGAGGUGCGGGGAGGAUGGGAAGUCCAGUUGGGAGUGAGAGGAGUGAGGGACAGAGGUGGCAGGGCCAGGGAGGGCAGCAGCAACAGCAGCAGCAGCAAGGGAGGAUGGGAGGGGGAAGGAAUGUGUUGGAUUCGAAUGCUGAUUUUGCUGUUCCUGGGGGACGGAUGUAAGGGGUUUUUCUCUGUCUCUUGGGGUAGUUGGUGAUGGUGUUUGUGUGUUGGAUAGGCCUGCCUGUUUGUCUAAUACGGGACAAUUGUUCAUGGUCUGUGUGGCGGUGUGUGUGUGUGUUCGUGCUGGCUCUACGUCCAAUCCUUUCCUUUUGCCUCAUUUUAUUUAUUUUCGCGCUUUCUGGACCGGUUCUUGUCUUUCGUUUCUCUUUAUAUCCCUUUUUUGUUCUUUGUCUGUGUUGGAUGGAAGUUGUGUGGGUUGCGUUGAGUUUGGAAGGGAAAGCUGCUGAAACUGUGUGGAUGACAGUGUGGGUUUUUUGUAUAUAUAAUACUUCUGUCGAUGCUGUAGGUGGUUGGAAAGAGAAGAAGAGGCCAGACCCUGGGUAAGGGCCAGAGAGGGGGGAGAGGAAAUAGGGUGUGCAAGAUGUGCAGAGAUAGGAAGUGUGUGCUGUAGAAUACGGCGAAUAAAAAUGGGAAUAUCCAUCCGUGUUGGAUGGUACACAAACAAUCACAUAAUAUAUGUGUCAAAACGAG